AGCACCUUCACUGACUUCAUGUAACAUCGUCAUGAGUCUGCUUACCUGUUCUUUAACACCUGCAAAGGCGAAAGUGAAAUGAAAACAUUGGGGCACGAGGGGGCCUCCAGGGCCAUUUCCUAGCCUAGGCUUCAGCGUACGAAACCUUCCAGAAGGCAGUUUUCCGCCCAGCGAAGCGGCCAUAGUCCAGUCUCCGAGCCCAGCAACAUGUCAUUAGGGGGAUCACGUCUCCAGCUGGAGGGGUCGUGCUUCCCAGGAAAUAACUCUUUGACUAUAGACGGACAGCAGGCUUUGUUGUGAAGCUCAAGAAAGAGCACUUAACUGUAGAACGGGUCCAGAUUGGAGAAAACCAGCAUUUUGCCGCUCACUUUCUUAUCUGUCACUGUUAAGCAGGGGUCAUUUUGUCGUCAUGUGUCUUCAUAAGCUGUGUGCAGCUGCAAAGGAAUGAAAAUUGCUGAGCUUUUUGUUCCCAAAUACAUAUCACUUCAACAUGAUCUUAACACUGGGCAACUUAAGAUGCAUGAGACACAGCUGUCCCACAUCCUUUAGGGAAUCAGGGUAGAACAUGUGAAAUAAAUACAUGAAGAAGGGUCCACAGGCGGUGUCCCCAGAGUGUUAAGAGGGGAGUGUGUGUGUGUGUGUGUGUGUGAGUGAGUGAGUGUCCCCAUGUCCGUCCACGGACAGCACAAGGCCUGCCUGAACUCACUUUGUGCCUGCACUGUUUCCACUUUGACUUUCAUUCUCCCUCCCUCGUUUUCAAGUAGAAAGUUUUUAAAAAGCCUCAUCCGGAAGCAGCCGCAGGAGCUGCUCUUGGUUAUCGGGACUGGCGUCAGUGCGGCCGUGGCCCCGGGCAUCCCUGCCCUUUGCUCCUGGAGAAGCUGCAUCGAGGCCGUCAUCGAGGCUGCAGAGCAGCUGGAGGUGCUGCACCCCGGGGACGUCGCCGAGUUCCGGAGGAAGGUGACCAAGGAUCGGGACCUGCUGGUUGUUGCCCAUGAUCUGAUCCGGAAGAUGUCACCUCGCACAGGCGACACCAAGCCCAACUUCUUCCAGGACUGCCUGAUGGAGGUGUUUGACAGCCUGGAGCAGCACAUCCAGAACCCUCUGGUGCUGCAGUCGAUCCUCAGCUUGAUGGAGAGGGGCACCAUGGUCCUGACCACCAACUACGACAACCUGCUGGAGAUCUUUGGCCAGCAGCAGAACAAGCCCAUGGAGUCUCUGGACUUGAAGGACAAGACGAAGGUCCUCCAGUGGGCGAGAGGACACAUCAAGUACGGCGUCCUUCACAUUCACGGCCUCUACACAGACCCCUGUGGGCUGGUGUUGGAUCCGUCGGGGUAUAAAGAUGUCACCCAGGACCCGGAAGUCAUGGAAGUCCUCCAGAACUUAUACCGUACCAAGUCUUUUCUGUUUGUGGGCUGUGGAGAGACCCUUCGUGAUCAGAUAUUCCAGGCCCUCUUUCUUUACUCUGUGCCGAAUAAGGUGGAUUUGGAGCACUACAUGCUUGUGCUGAAGGAGAAUGAAGACCAUUUCUUUAAGCAUCAGGCAGAUAUGCUUUUGCAUGGAAUCAAAGUUGUAUCCUACGGGGACUGUUUUGACUAUUUUCCAGGAUAUGUGCAAGACCUUGCCACUCAGAUCUGCAGACAGCGAAGCCCAGAUGCCGAUGGAGUGGACAGCACUACAUUCUUGGGUAAAACAUGCCAGGACUGUGCAAAGAGGAAGUCGGAAGAGAAUGGAAUUGAAGUUUCAAAAAAACUCAGACGACCAGAUACUGAUGAUGCUGGAGGGUCUUGAAAUACUCAAAGCCAGUAAAACUUGCAGCUUGAAAACCAGCCUUCUGUAACCACCGUGCCCAAACCAAGAGGAAUGUACGGAGAACUCCACGUGGAUCUGAUUGCGAAACACUCACAGACACCGAGCGCGCCACAUGGGGGUGCGGCCCUCAGGGUGGGUGAGAGGACUCCCGUGUGUAGACCCGUGCAGGAGGCGACACGGGCACACUUCAGGUGGACUUUGCGAAGACUGAUGGACAGCUACCUCCGGGGCCGUAAUCGGUGGGAAGGGGUGGAAACCGCUGUCCCCGUUCCCGUCUGACAGGCGCACUUUUGUCAAGGUGGUACUUUUUCCUAAUAAAAGGGGAGCGUCAA